UAGGAUUUUUUUGUCCACCGAUCCGAUCUAAAAAUGCCGCAGCAAUAUAAGCCGCUGCAUAACGAGGAAGAUGUGGAAAAUGCGGCCGCCACCGCUGCCGUCACUACAGGAGACAACAGACAACAACAACAAGAGGCUGCAAAUCCCCCGGCAGUGCAAUUGCUAAUGGUGUCGCUGUUCAUGCUACUCUUUUUUGGCUCCUCGUUCUUCCAGCCACGGCCACGACUACAGCACCUGAAAGGCAGCGGAAAUAAGUACGAUUCUACUAAGUAUGGCUGCAAUAUUCAGCUGGUGGAGUCCAUACCCAUCGGACUCAACUACUCCGAGGGCAGUCCACGGUUCUUGAGCACCUUUGAGGCCUGGCAGCAACUGCUGGACAGCGCCAAAGAGUCCCUGGACAUUGCCUCCUUUUACUGGACCAUGCGUGCCCAGGACACGCCGGGCGUGAACGACAGCAGCACUCAGCCGGGCGAUGAGAUCUUCAGGCGCUUCCUGGCCAACGGAAACGGUGGCGGUAAAACGCCCAGGCUGAAUAUUCGCAUAGCACAAAGUGAACCCUCCAGUGUGUCGCCCAAUGAAGACACCAAGCUGCUGGCCAGCAAUGGAGCUGCCGAAGUGGUCACCCUCUCAUUUCCCAAGUACUUUGGAGGCGGGGUCUUGCACACGAAACUUUGGAUCGUGGAUGAACAGCAUUUCUAUCUGGGCAGCGCCAACAUGGACUGGCGGGCACUAACACAGGUCAAGGAGAUGGGUAUUCUGGCCCAGAACUGUCCACAGCUCACCCGAGAUGUGGCCCUGAUAUUCAAAGCGUAUUGGUGUUUGGGAAAGAGUACAGAUGCAAAAAUCCCAUACUGGGGCCCUGAUUAUUUCACGAAGUACAAUCUCCAGUCACCCAUGAUCCUAAAUGUGAACCAGAACACAACGAUGGAGGGAUUUUUGUCCAGUUCCCCGCCCCCACUCUCUGCUCAAAGUCGCACCGGCGACCUGGAGGCCAUCCUAAGCACCAUCGAUUCGGCCAUUACAUAUGUGAACAUUGCUGUUAUGGACUACUAUCCGCUGAUCAUUUAUGGCCAGCAUCCCAAGUAUUGGCCGUACAUCGAUGAUGCCCUGCGCCGGGCGGCCGUGGAGCGGGGUGUGUCCGUAAAGCUGCUCAUCUCCUGGUGGAAGCAUUCCAAUCCCAGUGAGAAUAAAUAUCUCAAAUCACUACAGGAUCUCAGCUCAAAAAAGGAUAAAAUCGAUAUACAAAUUCGUCGUUUCAUUGUGCCCACAGAUGCGGAUCAAGAGAAGAUACCCUAUGGUCGGGUGAAUCACAACAAGUAUAUGGUCACCGAUAGAGUGGCCUACAUAGGCACAUCCAACUGGUCCGGCGACUACUUCACCGACACCGCCGGCAUUGGCCUGGUUCUCAGGGAAACCCACGAAACGGAGCACACCCAAACGCUGCGCAGCGACCUAAGGAAUGUGUUUGAGAGAGAUUGGAACAGUCCAUAUGCCCAUGAGUUAGAAUAGAGAGCUGUUAGUUUGCUGAAGCCUGGAAACUAGGAACCUCUGCUUAUUAUUCAGUUUUAUUCAAUGUAUUAUGUAUUCACUUUUUUGAUUAUAUUUUUAUGUAAAAUACAAUAAAAAAUUCGUUUUCGUAUAACAGGAAAAA